AAAGCUGGCUUUUUCUUCUUGAGUCCUGAUGACAGAGUGCAGUGCUUCUGCUGUGGUGGUAUCUUGUGGAGAUGGGAGGCUGAGAAUGAGCCCAUGCGAGAGCACAGGACAUUUUUCCCUACCUGUAAGUUCAUCUGUGGUGAAGUCAUUGGCAACCAGCGGAUGACCCUCUUUGAGAAAAUCUUGGACUAUGUGAAUGGAAAGAUCCUCAGCCUCCUGCAGAGGAUGGAUGUGGAAGACACAGCCCUCCCCAGUCAACCAGAAUACCCGGAGAGGGAAACAGAAGCAGUGCGACUAACUACUCUUGAGAACUGGCCACCGUACACAGAUCUGUAUCCUGAGCAUCUGGCCAGAGCUGGCUUCUUCUAUACAGGUCAAGGAGACACUGUGAGGUGUUUUUACUGUGAUGGCAGCUUGAGGAACUGGGAGCUUGGAGAUGACCCCUGGAGGGAACAUGCCAAAUGGUUUCCAAGAUGUGAGUUUCUGCUGCGGUCAAGGGGCAGAGAAUUUGUGAGCCGCGUUCAGGAUGCCUACUACAACUCUCCGGGUGCCUCCUGGCAACAGGCUGAACAAAAUCCCCCUGCACCUCAAGAUCCUGUGGGGAAUCGGGACAUGUCCUCUCCUCUGGAUCAGUCUUCCCUAGUGCAGGAUGUCCUUCAGAUGGGCUUUGACCAGAGUUUGGUGAUGAGCUUGGUCCAGAGUAAACGCCUGCUGACUGGCACCUGCUACUUAUCGGUGUCCGAACUGGUCUUGGAUCUGCUUCAGGUAGAUGGGGCGGAGAGCAGCAGUGCAGGUGAAAGAGAGAGCACACCGAGGCAGCCAGAUGUGCCAGGGCCGAGACAAGAGGCACAGGCUGAGAGCUCAAAAGAAUCAGAGCUUCCACAGAGUACUGAGGAGCAGCUGCGCCGGUUGCAGGAGGAAAGGAUGUGCAAAGUGUGCAUGGACAAAGAUGUGUCCAUUGUCUUUGUCCCUUGUGGCCACCUGGUGGUGUGUGCGGAGUGUGCCCCUAGUCUGAGACGGUGCCCCAUCUGCAGGGCAGUCAUCAGGGGAAGUGUGAGGACUUUCAUGUCCUGAGCCAUGAGAAUUUCCCAUCUCUGCCCUCCUCCACAGAUGGCAGCUCCUUCUCCUUCCCAGAAGGUGCUGCAUGAGGAUAUCUCACGGGAAAUGACGUUCCUAGUCUUGCUAGCAGUCUGGGUUACUGGACCUCUUCCUAGAAGUGUCCUGCAGGGCUUCUUCCCUGCCUGUGAGGACUAUGGAAAAAUUCAUCUCAAAGUCCUCCAUUAACAGGAGGAAUGGUAACUUCUUUCACUCAAAAACUGAUGAUACUUGUCUGGAAUUGUGAUUUUUAUUCUUAACCAACUGUUAGAUCUUGGCAGAGACAUAAGAACAUUUGCCUGCAGAGUGUUACUUAUUCAUGGGUUUGGAAAAAAUGAUUUGCUAAGUUUGGAGAUUUAUAUUUUACAUUUUGGAAUAAAAGCAUUUUCUCUUACUUUUAAGACUAUAGGCCCACUCUGUGGAAAAACAAAGUGCUUUUAGUGCAACAUUCCAUCAAGGCUGGGAUCCAAGACCCUGCGUGUAUCAUCAGAUGGUAGGGUUAUGUGGUCUACUAGCCCUCUUACUCCAGUAGCAAAUUGUGGGCAAUCAAGUGAUCUCUAGCUAUCUUUCAGAGUAGCUCCCAAAACUGAGCUCCCCUGUCUGGGGCAUCAAAAGUCUCCAGCAAAAACGUUCUGUCUCUCUUUUAAGGUGUAAGCAGAACCACACUAUUUUGUAUUAUUUCACUCAAGCCUUAUCUUCCUCCUCUUAAGCAUAUCAGCUGUAUCCUUUGCCUUGUCACUUACAGCCUUUGUCUGGUUCCAUGUUUCUGUGCACCUAAUAGGCCUUGGCUCUAUCUAGGUGACCCAAUUAAGCUGUCUGGUGCAAAGGAAGGGGCUAUUAUUUCACUAUGCAGAACUGAGAUUUGAAAUGCAAAAAUCCUUUUUCUCUGGAAGCUAAUCAGUGGAGCUGGUUGGGGUGUUGAGAGUUCAGGGCUACCACAGAAUAAGUGUGACCUUUUGUACUUACAAGGGUGUCUGCAUUUCCAUUACAAACCCAUAAUGGCAUUAACAUGCAUUGUUAAUUAACCUGUGGAUUGGGCCCAGUUUAAACACUUGUACUAACCUGAAAAGGGAAUGUUUUAAACCUCAAAAGCCUUUUAAAUCCAUUUUGAGGAGGGAACCAGCUUCAAUUCAGAAUUUGGCUCAUUUUAUUGUAUAAUUGGCAGGAUUGUGAUGUUCUUAAUGGUGGAUAUAAUUAGGAUACAAACUGAGAUCCUGGAGGAAAUUGCUCUUGUUGAGUUAAUCCAGUGUCAGCUAUUUCAGCUGUGAAAGGCUGCUGCCUAGCUUCAUGCAUUGUUCACACCAGUGUGUGACCCUUUCCAAUGCCAGGCAAAAGACUAUUGGGGAUUUUAGUUGUCCUCUGUAGCCAGCAGAGGGCACCAUUAAUCUAGCUUUCAACUGUUCUUCAUUCCCAUAACCUAGACAUGAAUGAAAUGUAGUUUGUUAGCAAAGUAUAGAGCAAAUGGAAUCGGUGCACUGGAAACUGGAGGUGACUGUGCCCUUGCUAAUGAUGAAAAUCAGUGGGGGGAAAAUAAGGUCCCUGAUAGGGGACAGGUCAGCUGAACAAUCUCUAUCAAGUCCAGUA